GUAGGAUUUACGGAAGCUGAGUCCUAGGCGUGGCUUAGGAACUUCCGCCUUUUACAGUGCAAAAUGACAGCGACUCUGCGUCCCUACCUAAACGCCGUGAGGGCCACCCUGCAGGCGGCCUUGUGUCUGGAGAACUUCUCCUCUCAGGUGGUGGAGCGUCACAACAAGCCCGAGGUGGAGGUCAGGAGCAGUAAGGAGCUGCUGCUUCAGCCUGUUGUGAUCAGCCGCAAUGACAAGGAGAAGGUUCUCAUCGAGGGAUCCAUCAACUCUGUCAGAGUCAGCAUUGCUGUCAAACAGGCUGAUGAGAUCGAGAAGAUCCUUUGCCACAAGUUCAUGCGCUUUAUGAUGAUGAGGGCAGAGAACUUCUUCAUUCUGAGGAGGAAACCGGUCGAGGGUUAUGAUAUAAGCUUCUUGAUCACCAACUUCCACACAGAGCAGAUGUACAAACACAAGCUGGUGGACUUCGUCAUCCAUUUCAUGGAGGAGAUUGACAAGGAGAUUAGCGAGAUGAAGUUGUCCGUUAACGCCAGAGCCCGUAUUGUCGCCGAGGAGUUCCUCAAGAAUUUCUGAUGACCUCCGCCUCCCGCACUCCCACAGUCUGUAACGGCCAUUCGCGAUAGACCCUUGGGUGGAAACAAUCAGUGAGCCACUGAGAGAGGAACGUCACCCACCCGUCGAUGACCCGUUGGCUUUGUCUAAUUACUCAUCUCUGUACUCAUUGAUAUCAGUGAUUGUAUAUAAAGAAAUACUUAUCAGGUCCAUUUUCCUACCACUUAGAACAAAUGCCCAAACAAACAAAGGCGGGUCCUUAAAGCAUUAAACACGCUGAUGUCCAUGAAUACAGAGACUAUGGGUGUGUUCAAAUGCAAUUAAGUAGUUAGGUGUUAGUACUCAGUGUAUGCCAGUCCAUCUGCCCUGUUAUUGUCAAUUUCGUCUUAAAUAUAUGUGCGGAAAAGUACAAAUUAGUCGUACUGUGUAAAAUAAAAAAAGCACCAAUGUUUCUACA